CAGAGGAUGGUGAUCAGCGGUGGUAACUUCAAGCCUGACACACUCAAACCCAAGGAGGUGGUCUCCCUACUGCUUGAUGACGACAUCGAGCGUCAGUAUCGCGCCCGCCAGGAGGAGCGACGCAUCAUUGAGGAACACAAGAUUGAGAUCAACCGCGAGAAGAUGAGAGAGAGGAUGAGAAAACGCUAUGCUGAGAAGAAAUGGGAGAAGGAACAGGAAGAGAAGCGACGCCGGCUGGAGGAAGGUCUCGACGUGGGCGGCGACAGCACCCCCUUCAACUCCACGCCUGCCUCACCCGCCCAUAGUGAGGUGUCAGUGGCGACCAGUGUGCUGCUGGACGAGGCUAGCAACGACGGUUCUCUCAUUGUUGACGUGGAGUCUCCAGCACCGCCUCCCCCAGUGGCGGUUGGUCCUGGACUUUUUGCCGUAGGCAGCAGUGCCAACAACACCUACACCUCGUCUGCCACCACAACUACCACCGCUACCACCAUCACUUCCCCCAGCAGCACCACCUCCCCCACCUCCCCGGCCUCCUCCAUUAGCACCUCCACCAGCAUGUCGUCAGUGGCCCCCGUGAGAGGACAGAGAAAGAGGGGUCGCCCCAAGGGCUCGGGGCUGCGGGGGCGUCUCUCCAGAGCCAGUGAGGCCGCAGCCGCAGCUUCCUCAAUGGGAUCCAUGGUGUCUUCCGCAUGCGGCUCUCCGGGUGGAAGUGGUGGUGGUGGAAGCAGUGGUAGCGUGCCCGUGAAGCGAGGACGUGGUCGCCCUCGCCUGCUGCCCCUGGGCCCUGGUCAUCAGGGCACCCGCACCCCUCCUGCACUGCCCCUAGCUCUAGGCACUGCCCUCAACACGCCCAAGCCAGAUGAAAACGCCCAAAAGCCCUUUGGGUUCUACACGUGAAGAGGUGGCAUUCAUUGCCCCUAGCUCUUAUCACACAGCAUCUUAAUAAACUCCUUCCAGGGCCCAGCACAUAGUUGAAGUGUCAUUGUGUGAGCAACCCGCUCGCCUUAUGUCUGGACAUUGUUUGUGAGGCUCAGCUUACAUCUGCAAGUGUGGGAGCCUCGGGAUGGUUGAGGGCACGUCCUAGCAAACUUGACCUAUUUCAAUCUCAGCUUUAUGUGAGGGUCGCUCGAUGCGAGUUUGUUUCAAAACAGUGGAACUACUGUUUAUCAGGGAAAUUCCACCUUAGUCUGUCGGGAAGGUUCACCUUAGUUUAUCGGGGAAGGUUCACCUCAGUCUAUUGGGAGGUCUAUGUUUAACUUUAGCUUAAGUAAACCAUCAUUCUCAAUCCAGUCUUUAUGUUAACUGAUGACAUCUUCCAUUUGAUAUAAUUUAAAAGACACUUCAUAUGCAUUUCUUGACAGUAUCUAUAAUUUUAACCUCCUAGGAAUUUGUUUUAAAUUGGGACAGUUUUUUCAUUUUGUGAUACUGUGGUGAGGGGCCCCGCCCAGACAGAUACCAGAUAGCUCAAGUGGUAGCGUUGGUGGUGCUGAGAGUUGUGGGUGAAUGUGACGAUCAUACACCAUAUUUGCAAUUCAUAUAGUGUAUAUACACCGGAAAGUGUGUAUAUCUUGUAUAUACACCGAGAGGUUCGUGUUUGUGUAGAUUCACAUACAGUUGUGUAUCCACAAAGUCACGCAUCAUAUGAGAAAAACGUUAAAUAACAUAACGACAAGAAUUAAAUACAGUAACUCUCUAUGAUGCGUCGAUGUGUGUGUACACACAGUAUGUUUAUAUACAUACAGUUUACUGCAGUCCCUAUUGCAGGGUAUAAAUUUUUAUGAAUUUCAGUCUACUGGUGGAAUACUGCCUUAAUGACCCACGCGCACUCGAUGACUAUUAAACUUUACAAACUAAAGGUAGUCAGCUGAUUAUGGCCGCUGUUCUGGUAUGUGGUAGUUUUGGUGUGAGGUGUAGCGAUACACCCCUCCCGCUUGUGGGGCGCACCUCCUCUUGCUCAAUAACGUUAACACGCGGCGCCUUAAACUUCCAAAAAAAAAAAAAAAGGCCCAGACACAUACAGGAAUGCAAUUUGAUUAUAGAAAAAGGGUAAGAACGAGCUUAUGUUGCGCUUAUAGGCAGACUUGUUUGACACACGAAACAGCAGAGUUGAACUGGUGCACCAGCGGUACAGGUAAGUUCCUAGGCUAACACCGGGAACUCUAAAACUUAUCAUGAUAGUAUCCAGGUCUUUUGGACUCACUUGUUGUACGAAGAUGAGUGUAGUGUUUUAUCAUUUUAAGUAUUAUAACAAACGGGUGUGUCGUUAAGAACGGUGCACCCCAAACAACAUUAAGUUUGGGGAUUUCAACCCUGGGCGAGGUAGUGAUCUGGUGACUCCUGAGCCGGAGGAUUGCUUGCUUGGUGGCCCACUUGGUGUUAAUUCGUUUACUGGACUUCACCUGUGGCAGUCUUGUCACUCUGGAUCAACGUGGUCUUUGUAUGGCUCAAAAAAUUAUUUCAGCUCUCCAAAUUUGAUCCUCAGCCCGAGGAGUGGAGUCGUUCCUAGCAGGUGUAAACAAGAUUAGUGUUAGCGUUAAGUGUUUGCAUUAGAAGUUCUAACAGAGGAAACUUAUUAGUUAAUGUAAAACUAAUAUUUAUAAGUUAAUUUAUUUGUUAAUUUUAAACAUUCAGCUAACUAAAAGGGUGUUCCAAAUACCAUAGAGUUUUCAGGAUUUGCUGGACAGAGACAUUUAUAUGUCAUGUCAUUUUUUAUUACCAUUACUGUGAAAAAUAUAAUUUUUCCACCAAUAUAUGUAAAUCAAGACUGUAAUAGAUAAAUUGUUGAACGCCUGUUGUGUUAUU